CCACCAUUUUGCUUUCGGGCACAACUCUCGGAAGCCUGCGAACGAGACAACUGUAUAAAUCUGAAUAAUUUCGGGCUUGAAGCAACAGUGAAGGGGCUACAAAAUGAAGUUAACAUCAGCAGGAGGUGUAAUUUCCCUCCUGGAUGAGCCAGACACAAAGUUGAAGAUUUUUGCUCUAGAGAAACUCAAUCUACUUGUGGAUGACUUCUGGGCUGAGAUUGCUGAUUCUGUGGAAAAAAUCGAGAUGUUUUAUGAAGAUAUUGGGUUUCCACAGAAGGAAUUGGCAGCACUGGUUGCCUCCAAGGUUUACUAUCAUUUAGGAGCUUUUGAGGAAUCUCUGACAUAUGCACUGGGAGCUGGGAAACUAUUUGAUGUGAAUUCGUCUUCCGAAUAUGUGGACACCACAAUAUCAAAAUGCAUUGAUCAUUACACGAAGCUGCGUGUGCACAACAUGGAGCAUCCUGACGACCCUAAGGAGAUCGACUCCCGCCUAGAGGACGUCGUGGACAGGAUGUUCCAGCGUUGCUAUGAUGACCAGGAGUACAAGCAGGUUGUCGGGAUCGCCCUGGAAACAAGGAGGAUCGACUCGUUUGAGAAGGCCAUCAUGCAAGCGGAUGACGUUAGUGGCAUGCUGAGUUACAGUCUAAAGGUCACCUUAGCUCUCCUCCAACAGAGACAGUUCAGAAAUGAGGUCCUGCGUCUCCUGGUCCGUCUUUACAUGAACCUGGCGGUGCCAGACUACAUCAGCGUGUGUCAGUGUCUCAUCUUCCUCGAUGAUGCACAGGCGGUCGCCGACAUCCUCAGCAAACUCAUCAAGGAGAGUCACGACCAGACGUUGAUGGCGUACCAGAUCGGCUUUGACCUGUACGCCAGCGCCACGCAGCAAUUCCUGGCCAGGGUGCAGGCAUCACUUCGCGCCUCCAGCCCCGUCGCCGACACGCCGAGCAGCAUGACCGAAGCAGAGACCAAAGACGGUGAUGCGAUGGAGACAGACGUUAGCAAACCAGACAUUAAUGACACAGCUGACGAGGGCACACCUGUAGAUGGACCGCCACCUGCUGCUAAGGAAGAGGACAGAAUAUACACAGAUCGCCUCAAUAAACUCAUGGAAAUACUGAGCGGAAGCAUCACCAUAGGGAUCCAUCUACAAUUCCUCAUACGAAGCAACAAGACAGACGUACAGAUCCUCAAAAACACCAAGGAUGUGGUCAGGAAUUCAGUCUGUCACAAUGCUACGGUCAUUGCCAACUCCUUCAUGCAUUGUGGAACCACCUGUGAUUCCUUCUUAAGAGACAACCUGGACUGGUUAUCCCGUGCAACCAACUGGGCCAAGUUCACGGCCACGGCCAGCCUUGGGGUCAUCCACCGAGGCCACGAGAAGGAAGCCCUGAAUCUGAUGUCCACUUACCUGCCCAAGGACACAGGACCGGGCAGCGCCUACCAAGAAGGGGGCGGACUGUAUGCGCUGGGGUUGAUCCAUGCCAACCAUGGAGCCAACAUCACUGAGUACCUGCUCGGUCAGCUUAAAGAGGCAACCACAGAUAUGGUCCGGCAUGGUGGCUGUUUAGGCCUCGGUCUGGCAGCUAUGGGCACAGCGCGGCAGGAUGUCUAUGAACAGCUCAAGUUUAAUCUCUACGAGGACGAUGCUGUCACAGGUGAGGCUGCUGGGUUGGCUAUGGGGCUGGUUAUGAUCGGAUCUAAAUCGGCAUCAGCCAUCGAGGACAUGGUCAGCUAUGCGCAAGACACCCAGCAUGAGAAGAUUCUGCGAGGCCUGUGUCUCGGUAUCGCUUUGACGAUGUAUGGCCGUCUAGAAGAAGCCGACCCGCUGAUUGAGAGCUUGUGUCGUGACAAGGACCCCAUCCUAAGACGCUCGGGUAUGUACACCAUUGCUCUGGCCUACUGCGGGACAGGCAACAACCAGGCUAUCCGGCGUCUCCUGCACUUUGCCGUCAGUGACGUGGAUGAUGAUGUGCGUCGCGCAGCCGUCACCUCCCUCGGCUUCAUCAUGUUCAGAACUCCUGAGCAGGUUUCAAGCAUUGUGUCCCUCCUGUCGGAGAGCUACAACCCUCACGUCCGUUACGGGGCUGCCAUGGCCUUAGGCAUCUCUUGCGCCGGGACUGGAAAUAAGGAGGCAUUGGGACUGCUGGAACCAAUGAUCAGUGAUUCAGUCAACUAUGUCAGGCAAGGUGCUCUGAUCGCAUCGGCCCUGGUCCUGAUACAGCACAACGAGAACACCUGUCCCAAGGUGACCACAUUCCGCAAUCUGUACAGCAAAACUAUCAGUGACAAACACGAAGACGUGAUGGCCAAGUUUGGUGCUAUCCUUGCCCAGGGUAUCAUUGAUGCAGGUGGCCGUAACAUGACCAUCAGCAUGCAGUCAUCCUCUGGCCACACCCACAUGUCCUCCGUGGUAGGCAUUCUCGUCUUCAUCCAUUUCUGGUACUGGUUCCCGUUGGCCCACUUCUUGUCCCUCUCCUUCACCCCGGCAACCGUGGUCGGACUCAAUGCUGACUUGAAGAUGCCAGUCUUGGAGAUCCGCUCCAAUGCCAAGCCAUCAAUGUAUGCGUACACACCCCCUCUGGAGACGCCCAAGGAGAAAGAGAAGGAGAAAGUGGCCACAGCCGUGCUGUCCAUCACAGCCAAGGCCAAGAAGCGGGAGCGUAAAGAGGCAGAGUCCAAAAUGGAGGUGGACGAGCCAAUCAAGGAGGAGGAAAAAGAUGCAGACAAAGAGAAGAAGGACAAAGACAGCAAGAAAGAGAAGGAAGAGGAGACCACGACCAAAGAGGGGGAAGGGGUGGAGGAAAAGAAAGAAAAGAAGGUGGAGCCUUCCUUUGAGAUCCUGUCCUCACCGGCCCGAAUCAUGAUCCCCCAGCUCAAGGUUCUGUGCACCAUGGAGGGCUCCAGAUACCUACCCGUCAAACAGCUAUCCGACGGUGGCAUCAUCAUGAUGAAGGACACUGCAAAAGAUGAGCCGGAGGAGAUUGUACUGAAUGUCCCAGCCGGAGGUCCCAAGAUGGAAGAGGAAGAGGAGGAACCAGAGCCUCCGGAGCCGUUUGAGUACGUCGAGGAUUAAGAGGAGAUUAAGGCAUGAAGACUCACCUCACUCCAAGGUUUUCCUCAGCACAACUGGUCAUUAGUCACAGGGCAGAUGAAGGAAAGAACAUGCUGGAAUAAAGGACACCUCUCUGGAAGAGGAGGGGAGCCAUUUUGGAGAGCAAAUUACCUGACUAGGGCUAGAAAUAACGCAUGAGCCAAUGGGAAACGGACUAGCCGCUCACUUGUGGCUUCCAGUCUUAGUGUGUUGUAUUCAGUCCAGCCAGGUAAUUUAGACAGGUCCACUAAGCUUACAACAGUUUUAUGAAUAGUGCAUCAUCAGGUACACUACUUGUGAUAGGUUCCCUGCUUAAUUUUCACUUAGCAGGUGGAUAUUCAAAGUGGCAUUUUUAUACAUUGCAGAUGUGUGAGACAGGUCCUCGGCUGGCUACUGGGGAAAAAUUUAACUGAACACAUGUGAAGUAAAGAUAGGUUACCAGCUGAUUUGUUAAAACAAUUCUUUGUACCCUGACUGGUACCGUGCAGAAUUCUGGUUGGUAAAUUUAUUUUGCAGUUUUUUUCCUCUAAGGCCUUCUUCCAUAACGAGAUGGGGAAUUGAGCUUCUCGGAGUGUGGUUCAUACACAUUACAGUCAAACUUCAUCAAGAAGAGGUCCUUCAGUCUUCACAGGUAGCCUUGUUAUCAGGAAUCUCGUAUUAUCAGGAAUGGAAACAAUGAAGAACAAAGGAUUGAAACUUCAAACAUUUCAUUGGUAUAAGUAGAGUGUUAUAUAAGCAGUGCUCUUACUGACGAGGCUCAACUGUAUUGUGGGCAUGGAGAAUUAUGACAAACUAGGAUUGAAAAGUAUACACUGGAGUGGCUGACCGGCCUAUCACAUGCAGUAUCAACCCAUUCAUGAAUUCAGCAGCGUCCUUCUAUCUACUCUCUUGGCUUAUGAUAACUGGAUGACAAGAAAUCAAGCAGGGCUGAAAGUCGUCUUGAAAAUAGUGUCCUUUGCGUGAAGGAGUUCUGGCGCCUAGCCAAAUGAAUAUUUGUACUUGGUCAUUGGGAUAAAUGCUCUAAAAUGUAUGUAAGUGUUGGAAAUAAAGACAAACACACACU